GUAGAUGUAUGUAAUUAAGAAAUUGUAUUGUAUGCUUAAGAAAACAGUGUAAAAUUUCAUGAGAUGUUAUAACUUAUUUUUUCUUUUUAUAACAGCUAUGAAAAUUUAUACACUUUAAUUUGAAAAUAUAUAUACUGUUAAAUAAAAUGGUCGCGCCAUAUCUUUAUGAAUAUUUUAACAGUUUGACAUCAAAUAACACAUGGUGAAAUCAAAACAUAAGAGGAACUUACGAGUGUAUUUUAUUUGAUUGUAUAAUAAUAAAGAUUAAACAUGAGAUACGCACAGCUUGUAAUGGGACCAGCUGGUAGUGGAAAGUCUACAUACUGUUCUGCUAUGCAACAACAUGCCGCCAAUGAAAGAAAAGUGAUUGAAAUAGUGAAUUUAGAUCCUGCAGCAGAAUACUUUGAUUAUGAACCUUUAGUUGAUAUAAGGGAAUUAAUUCAGUUAGAUGAUGCCAUGGAAGAUGAUGAAUUACGAUUUGGACCCAAUGGUGGUCUUGUAUUCUGUAUGGAGUAUUUAUUAGAGAAUUCAUCAUGGUUAGAGGAAAAAUUAGGUGAUGUGGACGAUGAUUACAUUAUUUUUGAUUGUCCAGGUCAAAUAGAAUUAUACACGCAUAUGACGGUUAUUCGUCAGUUAAUAACUGUGUUACAGAAUCUCAAUUUUCGUAUAUGUGGAAUCUUUUUAGUGGACAGUCAAUUUAUGGUUGACGGAGCAAAAUUUUUAUCUGGUACAAUGGCUGCUCUGAGUGUAAUGAUCAAUUUAGAAUUGCCACAUAUUAAUAUUCUUAGCAAAAUGGAUUUAUUAUCUAAAAAUGUAAGGAAGCAAUUAGAUAAAUAUUUAGAACCUGAUCCAUACAGUUUAUUAACAGACAUGGAAAAAGAUUCAUGGAAUGAAAGGUAUAGAAACCUUACAGAAGCUAUAGGAAGACUUAUAGAAGAUUAUAGCCUUGUGCGUUUUUAUCCAUUAAAUAUAAAAGAUGAAGAAAGUAUGGCAGACAUUAAAUUAACUAUUGAUAAUAUCAUUCAGUACGGGGAAGAUGCUGAUGUUAAAAUUAGAGAUUUUGAUGAACCUACAGAGGAUGAUGAUAACGAAUAAAUGUGUAAAGUUAUUCUGUUUAAUAAAUUAUUUUUAUAAGAUACGUUUUGUAAUUAAUUUAUUG